UGCACGCGUUACCUCAAGAUUUGCGUUUCUAGAACGGUUUGACUUGUAUUACUGUGAAAUCUUUCUUAGUAGAAAUGGAAAAGAAAGCGAGGAAAUUCAUCACACUUUUGAGUAGAAGUUUGGAUAAGAGUAGUGACGGGUUAAAGCUUGAUAAAGGCAGGAGAAAAGCAUUCAAAAAUAGUUUGCGUGUGGCUAUUGAGGAGCUUGCUGAUGGAGGACUUAAAUCCGAGCUGCUCGAAAAUCUGAAACAGUACACAAAGCGAUUGUGCAGCCUAUUGGAAGUAAAGCAAGAAAAACAUGCACGCUCCAAGAGCGUGGCAAAGCGUAAGAAAGGCAAGGAGAAAGUACAAAGACGUACAUUGACAGUAUACGAAAGUCUGGAUACACCCUAUAAUUUCUUCAUGAAGGAGGGAUGCAUGCUCAGACACCACAUUAUGGAAAUGUUGUCUUUAGAGAAGCAAAAUGAGAUAUAUGCUAAUUUUCUCGUACAGAAGAUUGUGCAUAAUUCACCACAAAAUCAACUCCAGGAUGAAGACAUCUUUACGAAGUUGUGUGAGAGCAGGAAGCUAGGACGAGGAUGCAAAAGCUUUCCCUGGCUGACGGAGCUCAGGACACACAUGCUACUCAUAGUUGACGUAGGCACAAGUGUGGCAAUGCAGGAAUUCAUGAUAAAAUUAUUACGAAUGAUCGCUGCAGAUGUACAAAUUUGCGUGGAAGGAAGUAAAGUGAAACGUUCUAGAUUGUUGGCCGAUUAUAUUGUUGAUAUUCUGACGUUCUCCCAAGCCAGGAUGAAAUGUCUGAAUGAGUUUGCGACAUCUCCUAGCUAUGGAGACUUGGUUUCUGCCAUCUUGUCAAUGUACAUAGAUCUAGAAGCUAUUUGCUCUAGUAAAAUUGAGGGCAAGUCCUACCUGGGGAAGAAGGUGUCUGUUCUCAUGGAAACCUUGUUAGGUGCGGCGAAGCACCAGCCGUACAAGCUGGACGUGAUCAUCCAGGUGUCGCUGUUCGAUAAGCACCACCUGGAGGUGCUGUGGCCGCUUGUGGAGCACGUGCUAGCGGGCGUGCCACGGCCACUCAGCUGUACUCAGUACGUGAAGUUCGUGCUUGCCGUGAAGACAGCGCGGAGGGUAGCCGGCAAGGAGAGGACCAGACAGCUAAGAAAGAAAGCAUACAUGGUGGCAGCACCAUCAAGGUUUCUGGACUGGCUGGAGAAGGUCAGUAUGAUGCUGGUGGCAGGGAUCCCAGAGAGCAUGAGAGAGGACGGACUGGAGAUCACCAAGUUCCUGAUGAAGAAACGACAGACACCAUUUUGCAACAACAUACUGGAUACAUUUUCAAUGAACGCGUCGUCUGAGACGUCGUCAUGGCAUGUACCGGAUAGCAGUGAAGGCACAGAUCUGUUCUUCAUUGACGCUGGCACAGAUAAAACCGAGGCACCACUGUUACCACCACCAGAGAUGGAAGCCGGCAUCAGCGACGAAGCGGACGUAGACGAGUCGAGUGAAGUCACUGCGCAGCUCGCGUCUAAGAUCGCUAGCCUUGAGGUGAUGGCAGACGAUGCUCCGCCCGACGCAUUCAUCACGGAUAGCGUCGAGGAGCAGUCGUCUGCAAAAGCGUCACGGCGGAAGACGAGGGAUGCGAAGAUGUCACGCGCAAAAACGGAGCUCGUGACGAGGUCGGCACGAGGAAAGCCCUCCCGCACCGAAAUAGAGGAUGCAGAAGCUGCGAAGCCGCUGCGUGCGAGGAUGAAGGAUGAGGAGGCUGCGGAGAUGCUAGGAGUGAGUAUGCAGGAUGGCCACACUUUCGAGGGGAAGGCUACAGAGAUGUCACCAACGAAGACAAAUGCUGCAGAGAUGUCACCGCUGAAGAUGAAGGCUACAGAGGUGUCACUAACGAAGACAAAGGCUGCAGAGAUGUCACCAGUGAAGUCGAAGACUGCAGAUAUGUCGCUAGCGAAAACAAAGGCUGCAGAGAUGUCACUGCUGAAGAAAAAGGCUGCAGAGAUGUCACCGCUGAAGAUGAAAACUACAGAGGUGUCACCAACGAAGACAAAGGCUGCAGAGAUGCCACCAGUGAAGCCGAAGACUGCAGAUAUGUCACCAGUGGAGUCGAAGACUGCAGAGAUGUCACUAGCGAAAACAAAGGCUGCAGAUAUGUCACCAGUGGAGUCGAAGACUGCAGAGAUGUCACCAGUGAGGUCGAAGACUACAGAGAUGUCACCAGCGAAGACAAAGGCUGCAGAGAUGCCACCAGUGAAGUCAAAGACUGCAGAUAUGUCGCCACUGAAGACAAAGGCUACAGAGAUGUCACCAGCGAAGACAAAGGCUGCAGAGAUGUCACCACUGAAGACUAAGGCUGCAGAGAUGUCGAGAUGCACCAACAUCCAGAAUGAUUCCUCCAAGAGCGAGAGUAAACGAAAGAGCCGGGGACGUACAGGUGGGGAAGCCGGCGAUAACGAUUACGGUAAGCAGAACGGAUUUGAAAACGAAGAGACGAUCGCUUCAUCUGUUGGUCCGACCAAGGAAGCAGUUGUGGUGGACCUCGAUUCGGGAGACAACGUGUCUGAUUUCGAAGCUCAGUUCCAAAGGAAGAAGAUUAGACGGGCCUUAGCUAGCCCUGCUAGGUGCGUCACCUUGCAAAUCGACAGUUCGGAUUCUGACGAGGACGAGUCGGUGAAGAUGAACGCUGCCGUGAAAGCUGCUGAGUCACAGGCGAGAUCGGAGCUAAAACUUGGGAGCCCUGCUAGGCGUGCUGUAGACGAUUUGAGCAUGGAACGAAAACUUAGAAGCCCUCUACAACCUGCUGAGGAGUACGGCACCGAUGGUUCGAUUAAUUUGAGGUUGACCGACGAGUCAGAGGGUCGGCAAAACUCGGACCGACGCGAGUAUCCGCUGUUCCGACGAAAGAAGAUUAGGAAACCUAGCGAAGACAUCGAUCUUAUCACUCUAGGUGGCAGCACCACUACUGAAGAGCAGUCCGUGGCAACGGCAGUGCCGGCUGUCACGUCCGACGACGCGGGCGCAGAAGCCGCCCCGAGAACGCCUCGUCGAGAGAAAACGAGCGAGAGCAAACCGUUCGAUGGCUCCACCACGCCGCUCUCCUCUUGCAACGAGAGCCGCAGCGUGAGGUCUCCAUGCCGAGCGCUGUCGGAGGUCUUACCCAGAGAGAGCGCGCGGAAGCGUAGAGAGGCGAGCGCUUCCGAGUGCAGCGUCGUUGACGACGUCGACGCGCCCGCGACGCGGCGUCGCACCCGCUCGCUCGCUCGCGACACCGCGAGUCCGAGUCUCUCGCGGGAAGCCGCCGCCAAGCGCACGCGCAAAACCCCGCAGCGGGUGUCCGAGUCGGAUGCGUUGCCACGGCGACGAUCCGCGGCGGCGGCGCUGACUCCCACGCGGCAACGCACGCGGUCGGAGACCCGGCAGGGGGAGGGAUCGGCGGGGGCGUGCGGGAACACGGGUCGUGCGAUGGCCGUCGUCCUAGAGGAAGUCGCAGACGAGACGUCGCAGCCCUCGUCCACGACGGGUGAGACGCGACCCAAGUCCGUCUCCGACGAGACGACCCUGGUCUCAUCCUCCAAGGUGGAGACGGAGGUGCUAGCUGAGACAGAGGCCGAGGCACAGGCCGAGACGCACGUGGAGACGAUCGUGGCCGAGGCGUCCCCGUCCCCCGCCACCGCACAUGCCGACACGACCUCCUCGCCUGAGAAGCCGCUCCGGCUCCGCAAGUCGACGCGAGUCAUCAAGCCGGUACUGCAGCAGGAGCAGCUGGAGAAGAUGCUCACCGAGGCAGCAAGCAGCGAAGCGGUCGCCACGGCGACGCGCGAGACGGCGCGCUCGGAAGGCCGGCGGAGGCGGCGGCGGCGGCGACGAGAGCUGGUGGAUGACGACAUGCAGGCGUUUCUUCACACGUCGCUCGAGUCGAUAGGGGGCGACACCGUCUCGAACAUGGCGGACGAAUGGGCGGAGACCGUCAGCGAGUUGUCAACAGCGGAGGAGGGGACGGGAGAGCGCUCCCGUGAGAUGCAAGCGGAAGAGGAGGUGGCUGUGACGACCGAGCGGCGGCACGGAGACACCGACGACAAUGUGGAAGAGGAGGAGCGCGAUGCAACACCUGCGUCGCGGCGGCGCGUGACGAAACAGCGCGUCGGUAGAGUCACGCGCGCACGCCACCCGAAUCGUGUGAUUCGAUCUGGCGACGACGAUGACGGAUCGUUGUCCGGGGCGACGGCUGCAGAACAGACGCACACCACUGCAGACAGCGAUGCUGCCAUCCCUUACGACCCGCCGCGCGGCGAGGCGUCGCGUGGCGAUCUCGCUACGACGUCACAGUCUCCGAAAGUUGACGCGCCCUUGGACGACCCGAUCGGUGAAUUCGCUUCGUCGACACAGGAGCAACGAUCGCUGUCCGAAUCCCCGAUCGACCUCGUCUUUUCCCAGCCGGAUCUAUUCGCGGACGACGGAGCGGAGGCGGCCGUCGCCAUGGCGACCGGCGGCGGCAACGAGGACAGCGCAUCGAAGGUUAGGGUGAAGGUCAAGCCAAGGUCGGCGCAUCGUCGGCGUGCGUCUGUGACGGGUGACGUUGCCCGUACAACGCCGCGGCGGCGGCCGGCCGCGCGCAGCCGCAAGCGGACGCUGUCGGACGGAUGGAGGCGGUUGUCGGGGGCGACGAAGGAGGCAGAGGAGAAGGAGGAGGAGGGCGGCGGCGGCAGCGAGGAGUCUCGCACGCUGACGCUCGCCGGUCUCUCGCAGAUGGUGACGUUCACCGCGUCGCCAGGCACCUCCCUCACCAUCACCGUGCCGCGCGUGCGCGCAGACGCACCCUCGUUCCGCGUCACGUCGCCGGCGCCCCCCCGCGGCGGCGGCGCGGUCGUCAUGCCGACGUGGUCGCUGCGCAGCACCAACAAGCUGAGCCUCACGCCGGCGAUGUCGCUCCGCAAGCGCACUGCCAGUGGCAGCAGCCAGGGGGCGCUAACUCCUCGCAAGCGCACUGCCAGCGGCAGCAGCCAGGUGGCGCUCACUCCUCGCAAGGCGGCGUCCGCCAGGAAGACGGCGCGGACGGCGCGUGCUGCCAUGACGGCUCCGCGCGCUUGCCGGGCGUCUGCGAGCGUCGGCGGGUCGGUGAACGCCGGGGGACGCGUCAGCAAGUUCCCGCCGUCCGUCGGGAGUGUGCGCAGAUGCACGCAGGGUUCCCACGACGCCGCCGCGACGCCCAGAUGCAGCAAUGCGGCACGGGACCCGGUGACGCCGCGGAUGAGGCGCCGGACGGAGAGUGCGGACGAUGCGGCGGGCUUGACGAGCAGCUCUCAGCAGAAGCAGCUGAAGCAGCUCGAGAUUGACAUGGUAGGUUACCAUGGUGAUGGCGGGAGCCCGCUCGACGUUGGCAAAGCAGCACGUUGCCUGAGAAGUGAGUGCAGACAUUCUCCCGGUCACAAGUGUCUGCUGCGAGCGUCUUCCGUUAGUGAGGAUGCUCAGCCUCCCGCGGUGCUCUGAUCGUCCUCUUGGAUCGUUAGGCUCCCAGUCAUCUGUAACGCGUUCGUCACGGGACACUGCUCUAGUGUGUGGUUACUACUGCAAAGAUUGUCUAGUGUGUGGUAACUACUGCAAGGAUUGUCUAGUGUGUGGUAACUACUGCAAGGAUUGUCUAGUGUGUGGUAACUACCGCAAGGAUUGUCUAGUGUGUGGUAACUACUGCAAGGAUUGUCUAGUGUGUGGUAACUACUGCAAGGAUUGUCUAGUGUGUGGUAACUACGCAAGGAUCCUAUAGUGUGUGGUACCUACUGCAAGUUCCGGUAUACCGGACCGUACCCAGGGUACCCUCCGAUAGUACCCUGGGGCACAUAGACCCUAUAAGCGUAGCUGGAAGCAUAAUCUAUUAUGUGGUAGCUUUGCCAACAAUACUCUGGUAACUACCCCAAACCUAAUCCAGUGUAUGGUAACUAUUCCAACUUCUACGGAUUUCUCUAAUUCAGUAAGAUCCCUAUAUAUAUAUUAAUUUAGUGUGUGAUAGUUACACUAUAUGGCUACACUAGUUGUGGACUUGUGGUAGAUAAUGGUUACUUUAGUACACUAUAAUUAUAAACAUGGGGAUGUGCCGCUGGACAGGGUAUAUUUUUCGAACAUCAUUAUUGGCACAGGUCAUAUUUUUUGAACAUCAUACAUAGAGCAUGUUAUAGUAUUUUAGUUCAGUGUUACCAUUUAAGUGUGUUUGCUGCCGGAAGAUUUCUCUGCCACCUGCCUCGAGUGUUCUAAAAUUAUCUAUAUGCGCUGAAUGUUUUAUAAUUUCCAUGUUUUUGUGAUGUUGUAUUUUCAUGAUUCAAGUGUCGUAUGUAGCAUUGACACUGGCUAGAUAAAAUCGCAGAAGAGAUGAUUCAUUUUUGUUUAUAUUAAUUGACAAUCUAUAGCAAUCUAUUCAUCUUGAUUUCUUAUGAGAGUUACUGCAGUUUUUUUAUUCAUGCUAUAAAUUAGAAUCGCUAAAGCACAUGUUCGCUGUGACUACAUUAAUUUGCUAUAUGCCAUAUACCACUGAUCACAAGCUCACAAACCUUUGCUGAGAAUUCGCGGCGUUUGCCAAUUUGUUUUUAAGUGGCUUAGCAUGAGUACCAAAAUCGUAAGCGGUUCUUGGUGUCAGGUGAGGGUAAUCCUGCAGUUGUGAUUGUAGCGAGCUGGUGACAUUUGUUAUACCAGGGGUGAGUAAUAAUCUAUUAUUAUUCACUCCUGAUUAUACUAUAUUCCGACUGUUAUAAUAUUUAGGUGCCCAUAUUGUGUUGCCAAAAUACUGGUCAGUGGUUACUCUACUUGUGUAGUAGCCAGGUGGAACUAAUCUUUUAUAAAAGCCUAGGUAGCUUGAGCCUUCCUAGGCAAACGUCUAGAUAUGUACUUUUUCAUCAUUGAUCGUGAUGUAUUUUCAAUUUUUCAUAUACUUAGGAGAAAAAUUGUUAAAUUGAGACAC